GCACAAUUUCUCGCAUUUAAAAGUUGCGCCAAAGCAGGCUGUAAAUCUAAUUUGCACUUAUUGAUCCUAAUCAAAACUAUAAUGGCAUUGCCAAAUCAGUACGUGAAGCGUGGAAAAAUUGCGAUGGGAAUUAAAAUGGGUUCUUUUAAAAUUCAUUAGGGAACUCUUUUCAAAAGUCUGUGUCCAGGAAUAAUAUUUCUAUCGCUAUUGUUACUUAUAUGGAAAUUCUAAGCACUACAUUAUGCUGGUAUGAGUGUUUUAUGAUUCGGACCGGGACUGGUAAUAUACUGGUUUGGAUUUGUGGAAUCUGUGGUCCAAUCAAGUGAUCAUCAAGGAUUGUUAAUUAAAGACCACUUUCCCUCUGAUGUAGUUCACAUCCUCCCACCAAAAAGUCUGAGAGACAAUUAAAAACGUCAACAAUAUUGUGAUUUUAAAUAAGCAGAAGGAUAGUAUGAUACUAACAUUUUUUUUUAAUUAAAAAAGACGCCGUCCUUUAGCACUAUGUAAUUACUAAAUUGUACUUUACUCGUUAUUAAAGCUUAUUAUGAAGCAUGACUCAGCUAGCAGAUGAUGUUCAUGAUAUUUACUUUUAUAUGUCUUUUUUCCCACAUAAAUAAUGUCUGACAGACAGUACUUGUACAUCCUGUUUGAGAAUGUAAAAAUUGCUUUAUGUUGUUAAGUGUAAAUAGGUAGUCUAGCAAAUUAGGAUAGCGUUGUUAAUUGUUUCAAUUUGACAGUUUUGCUGUAGCUCAUUUUGUUCUCGUAAGAUGACAAGUCAAGCAGAACGUAUUAAGGCAUUUAAGCUUGCACAACAUGCAAGGUUAAGGAAGCAGGAUGAGGAAGAACAGUGGAUAUCGAGUGAGGAAUUAUGUACCGAGGGUAGCAGUGACGAAGAAUCUCAUGCAAGCACCACAAGUCACCGAAAAAUGAAACGAAAUAAACCACAGAAACGAGGAAUAUCACCACUUGCUCAACUUCCGAAAAAAGAAUCAACCUCUUCAAAUCUACAGGAAUCCAAAUAUUUAUUUCCAGAGCGUGUCCAGUCCGUUGAUAAAGCGAACUCUCAGAAAUCAGUUGAUUCAAAGAACAGCGAAUCUGAGGAAUCGAUCGAUGAGUCUGAAAUGGAAAAGAUGAUUCAGUGGAGACCCAAACGGGGCAGCAUUAAGUUGCCGGAUUUCCCAGAAGAGACAACUCAAGACCACCUGUCUAAAAUGGAUUAUGGUCUCUAUACUGAAAUGUCUAUUGUUGUAAGACGUCUGAACCAACGACCACUAACACAAAAAUGCCAUUUAGUUUCUCAUGAAACAAUUGCAGAAGAGUAUCUACCUAAACAGCCCAUUCAAGACACAAGUAGUGCUACAGUUUCAACAUUAUCUGCUAAUAUGUUCCAGCUUGAUUCCAAGAUUAAUGAGAAAGAUUUGUUGUAUCAGAAAGUGAAAGGUCAACGUAAAGUUGCGCAGAAUGAAAUGUGCAUGUUAAUAUUCAAUGAUAAUGAACCGCGUAGGGACACCCAAAAGUUUCUUGAAUUGUGCCAUUUUGAUGUUAAGAGGCAAACGACUGAAAUUGAAGAUAGUAAAGAAUGUCGACCUAAGAUCCGUGCUAAAACAUAUCGAAAGAGUUUUUUAAUACGAAAUAUACAUGUAGCGAAGUUUUAUUCAAUGGCGAAAUCUUCUUUAACGGACGAGGAAAAACUUAAACUGGAAACCUUACUUGCAGAUGAUAGCGAGGAAUCUCCUACAAGUAACACAAAUCAUGUGGAAAAAAGCGAAAAAGCAAAUGAAACGCACUCCGAAGAGGAUUCUUCAGACUAUAACUAUUUCAAAAUGAAAACUGAGGAAAAAUCCCUUAUGGCGAACUUAACGACACAAUUACAGGAGAUUUUGCAUUCGUACGGAGAAGAUUGCAAUAAACUGGAGACGUCGGAAGGGGACGUUUUAGAAUGCGCUGAUAAUGAAGGGAAGUUUUGGAAACACGAUCAACUGCAACAACGAUUAGAACACAUUCAAAAGAGGCUUAACCAAAUUGCCGUAAAAGAUGCUGAAGAGCAAGAACGUUUGAGCUCGAUUCAUUUAAAUUCAAAUGAAUGAUACAAUUGCGAUUAAUAAUAAUUAAUUAAUGACAUUUUUUACACUUUUAUUUAUUAAAAU